GUUUAGAGUGAUUCAUGGUGUUUGUUUGCGGCUGUCUGGAGAGAGAGAGAGGUUCGAGGAGGCGAGUCUUCAUUAUGUAACUUUGCUUUUGUUUUCUGCGCUCUGCUCUCCAGUUCCUGCGGUUCAUUUGCGCUUGAGAAAACACAUCAUAGGAAACGCAUCGAGCAGGCUAUUUGUUAUUCUUUAUCCUGUACAUUUUUGUGGAAACUGACCGCUAAUGAGAAAACAAUGACUUUGAGGAUCCAUACAUGUCAUCCAGAUCCCAUGGAAAACAGCAGUGUUUAUGUAGAGUUUUCUCGAGAGACGUGCCUGCUGAGUUCCCCGUCAGAGAAACUGAAGAAGGAGUUGGAGGAAGAGUUGAAACUGAGCAGCAGUAACUUAUCUAGUCAUGCCUGGUACCACGGUCGUAUACCUUGGGAGGUGUCUGAGUCUCUUGUGCAACAGGAUGGGGAAUUUCUUGUCCGUGACUCCCUCACAAGCAUCGGAGACUACGUCUUAACCUGCCGCUGGAACCAGAAAGCUCUCCAUUUCCUCAUCAGCAAAGUUCUGCUCAGAUCUCACGACGGAUAUAGUCGAACGCAGUACAUUCUGGAAGGGGAAACAUUUGAUUCAGUGCCGGCGUUAGUUCAUUCCUAUGUUGUAAAUCCAAGGCCUCUGACAAAGCAGAGUGGCGCCUAUGUGUACUCGCCAGUUAACAGGACACUUCCACUGAGAUAUCUCGAGGCCAUGUUUGGGUUGCCAAGUGUGGAGAACAGUCCGGUAAACUCGCCCACCAGUAGGAGGGGAAGCCAGAAGAUGAGGGAAAGUGUAACUGUGACAGAAGCUUUGGAAAUUGAGCAGAUACAUCCACAGAGCGAUGUGGUGAGGAGUUUUGAUGGCACUUUAGAGCAGCAUCUUGUAGUAUCCUCAUCUCCAACUUUAAUGAAUACACUGGCCAGGCGACGACGUAGCCCAUCAGAAAACAGAAAGUUUGUAAUAGUCCCUUCCUCGCCUGUUCUGCAGAAGUCCAGUGAUAUCAGACUUUCUUCAUCUCCUCCUGAGGACACUCUUAUCUAUUUGGAACCAACACUACAUCUUCUAUCCACCAUGACGCAUCAAAACAUUAACAGAGACUCUGUUGAUCCUCAAACUGAUCCAGAAACAGUCCAUGUGGCCACAGAGCUUCCCUCUAUAGAACAAGAGAUACAGGAGUAUGAAGAUGAUUAUCUUGUGCCUUUCACCAUGGAAACAGUUUCCUGUUUCAGAGCGAGUACAUACCAGUCGCCGCUGCUGCCCGCUGAAAAUAAACCUUUAGAGACCCGACUACUUAAAAGAGUGAAGGAUGCACUGUGUGAUGUGGAUGUUAAGACAAUGGCAAUGCAUAUCACCAAAGAUGACUGCAAGGUUGCUCGUAUCCUGGAUAUGUCUGAUGAUAUGAUGAAAAGCAUGGGAGUGAGCUCAGGUAUGGAGCUACUCACCCUCCCGCAUGGACAUCAGCUCCGUCAAGACCUGCUCGAAAGGUUUCACACCAUGUCCAUCAUGUUGGCUGUACAGGUGCUGGGAUGCACUGGAAGUGCAAAUGAGAGAGCCGCAUUACUGCAUAAAAUCAUCUGUCUAGCCUCUGAACUCAAGAGCAACCUCAGGAACAUGUUUGGCUUUGCCGUAGUUAUGAAAUGUUUGGAAAUCCCACAGAUUACUCGUUUGAGAGACACAUGGGCGGUUUUGCGACAGAAAUACACCGACAGUGCUGUUCUUUAUGAGAAAGCGCUUAGACCCUCAAUGAGGUCGAUGAAUGAUGGAGAAGAUAUAAGUGUAGCUGCAGAGACGACGCUGUUUCCCCACGUGCUCCCUCUGCUGUUUCUUCUUGAGAAGACGGAUGUGACUCUUGAGGAGUCAGAGUCAUGGGAAAGUGUUGACACUGGAGUGGCCAUGAUCUUGAGCCAUCUGGAUACGGCACGUACCAUUGCACGCAAUGGGACGAUCUUCAGUGCUAAUGCACAGGCCAAAAUGCAGGGAUUUCAGGAGGAAGCAGAUGUUUGGGAGGUGUUCCACACCGAGUUUCAGAUGCGUCUGCUGUGGGGAAGUCGAGGUGUGGAAAGAAAUAAAGAUGAACGUUUUGCAAAGUUUGAUGAAGUCCUAACAGCUCUGUCUAACAGAUUAGAGCUUUCAGCAACAUGAUAUAUUAGAUAAGAAUAUGUCUGAAGGGGAUGUAUGUCUGCAACUGUACAUAAACUCAUUUUGCAGUUUUAACUUAUUUGAUUUUCAAUGUUUUUGUAUGUUCAUUGCACACAUACAUUUUGAAGAGAGUUUAACUUUAAUCAUUGUAAUAUUGUAGCUAGCAAAUCUGACGUAUGUAUUAAAUUGCACUUUUAUUGGUUAAUAAUCAACGAACAAAUAGUGGGUAAUAUUUACUCAUGGGUACAAUUUCUUAAUUGUUAAUCUUUUAUGCACAAACGUACACAUAUCUUUUAUAAAUAAAUUCAGAGUUUGAUCUUUUGCACUACAUUUUCUACUACGUAUGUUUAACAAUUUCUGAUACUUGUUUAACAAUAAAAAAAAUGUGUGU